AUGGCCGUUGUCAAUGCCACCUUGAGUCUGGGUGGCUUUUAUUUGGACCACGCGAUUAUAGCCUUUGAAACUUCCAUCAAAUACAAGCAGGUUACACACUACAAGCAAUAUCCACCUAAUACAAGCAAAGUAUAUUCCUACUUUGAAUGUCGUGAAAAGAAGACUGAAAAUUCCAAAUUAAGGAAAGUGAAAUAUGAAGAAACUGUUUUUUAUGGUUUGCAGUACAUUCUGAAUAAAUACUUAAAAGGUAAAGUGGUGACCAAAGAGAAAAUCAAGGAAGCCAAAGAAGUAUAUAGGGAGCAUUUUCAAGAUGAUGUCUUCAAUGAAAAGGGAUGGAACUAUAUUCUGGAGAAAUAUGAUGGCCACCUUCCUAUAGAAAUAAAGGCUGUUCCUGAGGGCUCUGUAAUUCCCAGAGGAAAUGUUCUUUUCACAGUAGAAAACACAGAUCCAGAGUGCUACUGGCUCACAAAUUGGAUUGAGACUAUUCUUGUGCAGUCAUGGUAUCCAAUCACAGUGGCUACAAACUCUAGAGAGCAGAAAAAGAUUUUGGCCAAAUAUUUGCUAGAGACUUCUGGCAGCUUGGAAGGACUGGAAUAUAAACUGCAUGACUUCGGCUACAGAGGAGUUUCUUCACAAGAGACUGCAGGAAUAGGAGCUUCAGCUCAUUUGGUAAACUUCAAAGGAACAGACACUGUAGCAGGAAUUGCGUUAAUUAAAAAGUACUAUGGUACAAAAGAUCCAGUUCCAGGAUAUUCUGUUCCAGCUGCUGAACACAGUACCAUAACAGCUUGGGGGAAAGAUCAUGAAAAAGAUGCUUUUGAACACAUAGUGACACAGUUUUCUUCAGUGCCUGUAUCUGUGGUUAGUGACAGCUAUGACAUUUACAAUGCUUGUGAAAAAAUAUGGGGUGACGACUUAAGGCAUAUAAUUGAAGCCCGAAGUCCAGAGGCACCGCUUAUUAUUAGACCGGAUUCUGGGAAUCCCCUUGACACUGUUUUAAAGGUCUUGGAGAUCUUGGGGAAGAAGUUUCCCAUUACAGAGAACUCAAAAGGCUACAAGUUGUUACCACCAUAUCUCAGAGUUAUUCAAGGGGAUGGUGUGGAUAUCAACACAUUGCAAGAGAUUGUGGAGGGAAUGAAGAAGAAUAAAUGGAGUAUUGAGAAUAUUGCCUUUGGAUCCGGUGGAGCUUUGUUGCAGAAACUAACCAGAGAUCUCUUAAACUGUUCCUUCAAAUGCAGUUACGUGGUGACCAACGGUCUCGGGGUAAACGUCUUCAAGGAUCCGGUUGCUGAUCCAAACAAAAGGUCAAAGAAAGGCAGACUGUCGUUGCAUAGGACACCUGCUGGAGAUUAUGUGACGCUUGAAGAAGGCAAGGGAGAUCUUGAAGAGUAUGGACAGGAUCUCCUCCAUACAGUAUUUAAGAAUGGAAAGGUAACGAAGUCCUAUUCAUUUGAUGAAGUAAGACAAAAUGCCAGGCUGAAGAACAGUGAACUUGAAGUGGCGUCUCACUAAGUUUCAUUCCACGUCUGUGUAUGUGUGUGUGUAACAAGUAUGUACUGCAUAGCUACUGGGUUUAUUGUACAGAUUUGUGUGUUUGUGUUUUAUGACAUUGUAGCCAAAUUAUUUGUUGGUUUAUGGACAUACUGCCCUAUCUUUUGCCAGUCUUUAGAAAAGAUGAAAUCCGGAAAUGGUACUUACAUUGUAAAACAUAUUUAAUGCUAAAGUGUGCUUUUUAGGGCCCUUUGCCAGUAGUGAUUCAAUCUGGUAUUGAUCUUUUCACAAAUGAGACAGAGCUGAGAAACUUUUUUAUAUAUAACAGAAUAUCACAAAAUGGAUUUACAUAAAAUUAUCAUGAUUGCUUUAUGUUUAUAUUUAACUUGUAUUUUUGUACAAACAAGAUUGUGUAAAAUAUAUUUAAAGUUUCAAUAAUUAAGUCUUUCCAACUUUUCAUGAUUUUUAUGAGCACAGACUUUCAAGAAAAUAUUUGGGGGGGAGGGAUCCAUUGCCUUUUGUCCAUUAAUCAGCAAAUAAAACAUGGCCUUAAAGUUUGUUGUGACAUUGUACCAUUUGACGACUGAAUCAGGACUCGUAUCUCCUUAAGAUCCCAUAGAAUUGCUGACCUCACCAUUUCUUGUAGUUGUCUGUAUUAGUAAAUCGACAUAAAAGAAAGUUACUGUUCUUACUAGAAGGUUUAGGUACUACAGACCUUGCUGGCACUGUAAGGUAUGUGAAUGAAAUGCCAAAUUUGAAAGGAUUCUCUACUGCAACUUAACUUGCCAAGUCUAUCCCACUUGGCAUAUGCACCUCAAUAUUUUAAGAGUAAAGUUUUUAAGAGAUCUCCUCUUCCACUAUAGAAUAUAUGUGUAAAAUACUGAAAUAUGGAAGCGGUGUAUUUUAAAGUAAUUACACUUCUGGGUUUAUUUUUCAUAUACUGUAAGUG